CCACAGCAACACAAACAUAAUCUAAGACAUAUAUACUAUACUUUGAAGCUGCUUUUGUUUUGGUCUCAAAAUGCUAACGGAUUCCGGAGAUCAAAAUAGGCGUUUAAGCAAGGCGGUUAAUCCGAGAGCGCCACCUCCAGAACAAGAACAGCUACCGUGCCCACGUUGUGACUCUACUAAUAAUAAGUUUUGCUACUGCAACAACUACAACUUUUCUCAGCCUCGUCAUUUCUGCAAGUCCUGUCGUCGUUACUGGACUCAUGGUGGUACUCUCCGGGACAUCCCUGUUGGCGGUGGCACCAGGAAAAAUGAUAAGCGUUCACGCACCGCUGCCUCCCACGUCGUCGUCGUCACUACCAGCACCACCUCUAGUUAUAAUAACUUCCCUUUACCUGCUACGCCAGUUUUGUUGCCGAUCUCGGGUAACCAAGGAAGUUUUGGUAUUGGUGGAGAGUCGAAGGGUAAUGGUAGUGGUGGGAGUUUUACUUCGUUGUUGAAUACUCAAGGGCUUGGUUUUCUGGAUCUUGGUGGUUUUGGGUUUGAUAUUGCUCUGGCACUCGAGGAUGUUGGGUUUGGGUUUGGGAGAGGAAUGUGGGGCUUUUCAGGAAUGGGAGAUGUAGCCGUUGUCGUUGAUGGCGGGGUUGUUGCUGCUACUGCUGCUGCUGUUAGGGGAAUGAGAAUGGGGACCACAUGGCAGUAUCAAGAUGGAGAAAGUGGGUUCGUUGGCGGCAUGAAUUGCUUUUCUUGGCCUGAUCUUGCUAUUUCAACACCAGGAAAUGGGCUCAAGUGAAUUUUCCUCCUUUUUUCUAGUAUAAGUUGAAUUAGU